CGUAACAGAAGCUGCAUAAUUUUACUUGCUCCGUACGCAGACUCGUGUGAAGGAAGUAUUGCAGGUGUUCCUGAGGUCAAAGAAAGAAGGUUGUUAGGCGUCAAAGCCUGUCCCAACAGUAUUGGUCACAAAGAAGAACAGACCAGACUUAAAUAAGAGAAUGUACCUAACAAACACGAGCAGGCUGAUCUGUUUCAUGUCAUCUUCAUCAGCAUGUAUCUACAAUCCUAUGAGGAUAAAAGCAGCAUGGACACAGUUAAUGGUAACCAGUAGGAGUCUUUGGAAGUAUGGCUUUUUCUUAAACAGAGGUUCUUCCAGACCUCCUGGCAAAUCUCAAUCCUUGGUAGCCUACUAUUGUGGAGUGAAGCACAGCAGCAAAGGAAUUCUAGACACUGUGAAACAACUGAACAUACCUCAUGGUAAUGGUAUCAACUACUCACAUAUUAGUAGAAGAACACUAUCCCAACAAGCCCAUAAACCAACCUCUAGUCCCCAGAUUAAGCUGCGAACACGUCUUUUUGUCACAUUGAUUUUUGGAGGCAGCAUACUUGGCUCAUGGUGGUAUGUUUAUGAAGAAAAGGAGAAAAAGAGACAGCUACAAAGAAUUGAGCAGCUAAAGAAAGCAGCAAUUGGAGAGGGUAAUUUUAACCUGACUGACCAUAAAGGAAAUCCAAAGACAAAAAAAGAUUUUUUUGGCAAAUGGAUUUUAAUUUACUUUGGUUUUACCCACUGUCCAGACAUCUGCCCUGAUGAACUUGAGAAAAUGUCUAAUGUAGUUAAUAUUUUAGAUCAGGAUCAGAACCUACCACCAGUUCAGCCCAUUUUUAUUACAGUGGAUCCUGAAAGAGACGAUGCUGAAUCCAUGGCUAAAUAUGUUAAAGAAUUUCAUCCACGUUUACUUGGGCUGACUGGUACACCAGAGGAGGUUAAAAAGGUAGGAAAAGCUUACAGAGUGUAUUACAGUGCUGGUCCCAAAGAUGAUGAUAAUGACUAUAUUGUGGAUCACACCAUCAUCAUUUACCUUCUUAACCCAGAUGGACUCUUCCUAGAUUAUUACAACAGAAGCAAAACAGAUGUUGAAAUUGUAGAGAGUAUCAGAAAACACAUGCAGAACUAUAUUAAACUAUUCUCUUAAAGGCUGAAGGUGUUGUAUAUUUUGAAAUAUAUUUAAUAUGUUUAUGUGUUAUUAUUUUUGAACUACUGCAUAAAGAAUUAUUUGUUUACCUGAAAUAAAAGUUUAUACAUAUAUUUUCAGACCACCUGAUUUAGGGUUGCAGGAGGGCAGCACCUAUCAUAACAUCAUUUAGCAUAAAGUGGGAACUAAUCCUGCAUCCCCGGUCUUAAAGACACUAGUAGAUAUAUUAUACAAAACCAUUCUAUUAAAGCAGACUGCCUGACUAAUUUCUAUGGUUCAGCAUUAAAUAAAAACAGCAAGUAUUAUUGAAUAUUGAAGAAAGUUGACUGCAAAAACUAAUUUAUUGUUACAUACCAUUGAUAAAUGGAGCAUGCCAGUCAAUAAAACAUUUAGAAUCUGUGGAGAAUGAAGGAAAUCAUUAUCAUAACUGGUUUAAAAGCCAUCUUGCAGGUUUUCCAGGACCUCUCAAUAUUUUUUUCUUCGCUCUCCACAGUCCCAGACAUCCUCUGAGUCAGACCCAUAUACCACUUCCAGUGGCAUCAUUUUGGUGCACCACUUAAUCAAGUCAUUCUCUGACUAAUCGUGUAAAGUAUAAAAGAAUUUUAAGUUUUUGCAUGACCAGCAAGAUAAAGUGACCAAUGACUAUACUUUGAUGUUAAUGAGUUGCUGCUGUCAUAUGCCAAAAAAUGCAGAUUCACAAAUUAGAGAUAUUUGAAUAUUACAUAGCUGCAACGACUGCAAAGUGCUUUAUAAAAAAAAAAAAAAGCAGUUGGCCCAAUUUAA